AUGUUGUACCUUCCUCUCGUUGCCCUUUCCUUUGCCACCACCCUGGUGAGCGCAUACCCCAUCACGGGCGAUGGAGUCAACUGCCGCUCUGGCCCUGGCACCAACCAUCCCGUGGUCAAGUCCUACCCCAAGGGCCAUGAUGUCUCCAUUGUCUGCCAAGCGCCCGGCACCGACGUCAAGGGCGACAAGCUCUGGGACAAGACCUCCGACGGCUGCUAUGUCGCCGAUUACUACGUGAAGACUGGCAGCACCGACUAUGUCACCAAGCACUGCGAUGGCGGCAAUGAUGGCGGCAAUGAUGGUGGCAGCGAUGGUGGCAGCGGCAACCUUCCCGGUCUCACUGCUAAACAGUCCUCUCACGCCCGCAAGAUCAUCGGUGAAGCGAAGAAGGAAGGCCUUGGUCGUCAGGGUUGCCUGGCUGGUAUUGCGACCGGCUUGGUCGAGUCCAACCUCUUGAUCUAUGCCAACAGCAAGGUCCCCGAGUCCCUGAAGUACCCCCAUGACGCCGUCGGCCACGACUACGACAGCGUCGGCAUCUUCCAGCAGCGUGCUAUCUACUACCCCAACAUUGCCGCUGACAUGGACCCUGCCCGCUCCGCCGCUCAGUUCUUCGCCAAGAUGAAGAAGGUCAGCGGCUGGAAGACGAUGGAAGUCGGCAAGCUUUGCCAGAAGGUGCAGGUCUCGGCUUAUCCCGAUCGCUAUGCUCAGCGUGUGCCUGCUGCGAAGAAGAUCUGCGCUGCUGGUGGACUGUAA